AUGCCCAAGUAUGCUAAGUACUUGAUAGAUAUGGUCACUAAUAAAAUUAAGCUGCAGAAUGCUGAGAUAGUAUCACUCACUGAGGAGUGUAUCUCUGUGGUGACACAGAGGAUGACCAAAAAGUUCAAGGACCUAGGGAAGUUCACACUCCCCAUUCAAAUUAAGAAUAGCGAGGUGGUCCAUACACUUAGUGAUUUAGGGGCAAAUGAACAGGUGCAGACCAUCUUGGGACUUCCAUUCUUGGCGAUGGGAGAAGCUUUGAUUGAUGAAAAGGCAGUUUUUAAAGUGUACAAACCGCUUAACAUACUAUCUCAUUACACAGACUUAUGCGUGAUUACUGUGAUUGAAGGGGAUAAGUGUGGGGUGGUGGAGAUAGUUCCACAAAAAACCUCUUCAGACUUCCUCAAUGAGCAACCUAUGCCACAACCACCUAAGCCCGAUAUGAUGUAG